AUGCCUGCGCAUACCCGAGGAAUCACGGCUAACCAAGCAACUGCCCGCAGAUACGACUACCUCUUCAAGCUGCUCCUCAUCGGUGACUCUGGUGUAGGAAAGUCUUGCUUGCUGCUCCGUUUCGCUGAUGACACCUACACCGAGUCCUACAUUUCCACCAUCGGUGUCGACUUCAAAAUCCGCACCAUCGAGCUCGAUGGCAAGACUGUGAAACUCCAGAUUUGGGAUACCGCCGGCCAAGAACGCUUCCGCACCAUCACAUCCUCCUACUACCGUGGUGCCCACGGCAUCUGCGUCGUUUACGAUGUGACCGACAUGGACUCUUUCAACAACGUCAAGCAAUGGCUCCAGGAGAUUGACCGCUACGCCACCGAGGGUGUCAACAAACUCCUGGUCGGCAACAAGAGCGACAUGUCUGAUAAGAAGGUUGUCGAGUACACUGUCGCCAAGGAAUUCGCUGACUCCCUCGGAAUCCCCUUCCUCGAGACCUCGGCCAAGAAUGCCAGCAACGUCGAGCAGGCUUUCCUGACCAUGGCCCGCCAGAUCAAGGAGCGCAUGGGCACCACGGCCGCCAACAACACCAAGCCCAGCGUACAGGUCGGCCAGGGCCAAGGCGUUGGCAACAACUCGAGCAACAGCUGCUGCUAG